UCGCCGCAAUUUCGAAACUGAGGUUUUCUGAAUGUAAACACCACGUAAAGUUCUAUUUGGUUAGCAAUGCCAACUCACCGGUCACAUAUUUUGAAAAAACUAUUACCGCUAUUAUUUAUUUUGUAUUUUCGCUGUGAUUUAGUGACUUCCUUAGGCGAAGUAAUAUAUGCAAUUAAUGCCGGUGGCGAGUCACACGUUGACUCUGAUGGCAUACAUUAUCGUAGGGAUCCAUUACAUGGGAGAAUUGGCACUGCAUCUGACUAUGGAAAGCAACUGAUCAUUAGUAGAGUCCCUAGAACUGAUCAGAUCUUAUAUCAAACCGAAAGAUAUCAUCAUGCGACUUUCGGUUAUGAAAUUCCGGUUAAUAGAGACGGGGAUUAUGUUCUUGUUCUUAAAUUUUGUGAGGUUUAUUUUGCUUCACCGGGAAUGAAGGUUUUUGAUGUGACACUUAAUGGUGUUCAUACUGUUGUUUCUGAUUUGGACAUAUUUGCAAAAGUUGGGAAAGGAGUUGCUCACGAUGAGCAUAUUCCAUUCACAGUAAAGGGCAAUAAAUUAAUAGUAAAUGAAGAAGAGUCAGAACAUGAUGGUAAAAUAAGAGUAGAAUUUAUAAAGGGUUAUCGGGAUAAUCCUAAGAUCAAUGCUAUAUAUGUGGUUAGAGGAACACUGACAGAUGUACCUGAAUUGCCAUCAUUAACUCCAGAUGAAAAAGAAGAGGAAGAAGAUGUACAGGUGGAAAAGAAGUCGUCACCUGUACGAUAUCCUUCAGGACCGCGUAGUCCCAAUCCAUAUGAGACAGAAGAUUCCAGCACAAUGUUACCCAUCUUUAUAGCCAUUGGUGCCUUUUUGCCUUUAGUAUUUUGUUUAUGCAGAUUGUGAUGUGACUAUCACAAAAGUUAACGAGUUCAUUUGUGGAAAAUGGAGGAUCAAUUCAAGAGGUUCAUAUGCAACAGUAUUUUGUGCCAUUACCUCACUUUUAUAUGAAAAGUUGAGCUAAGAAUUUUAGCUUUCAUAAUGUACAUUUUACAAGUGAAAUAUUACGUGCAACAUCCUUAAGAAUGAAAUUAUUACAAAAUUAUCUUAAAAUUCCCAGACAAAUUUUUAAAUGUCAUUUUAAUGUAUUUGAAUAUGAUUUGAUCUUUAUGAUGAAGCUUUGAUAUAAUUAUUAUACAAGACAUCUGUGAUGUUUCAGGGUCAAAAAUAGCUCAAAAAAAGAGUGCAGUGAAUAGCUGAUAGAAAGUGUUACGGAGAACAGUUUCUGAAAGAAAGAAAACAUUAUAACAAAAUGCAGAUACAGGAAUUUAUCCUAAUUGGCAUGUAUUACAGCAGCUUUUUUCAACUUUUCUUUUGAAUACUGAAAAUAAUUUUCACCUUCUGAUUUCUCCUGAAUGAUAUUAUAGCUAAAUAAAGCCAACAGAUCUAUGCAAAUCGCUGAGGAGGUACUUUAUAAAGUAAAAAGUGUUCCUAGAUUUUGUGAGCUGAAAGCUGUUCCUAGACCUUAACUGAAAUAGGUUAUGAUAGUUGCGACAUUGGCAGCAAAUGUAAUGUUUGAAAAAAAAAAAAAAAAUCAGUUACUAUAUUUCAAAGAAUGCUUGGUGAGAAAUCCAGUAAUGAAGCAUACCAACUGAUAUAAAUGUUUGUACAAGUUCUUUUUUUAGUGUAAUGCUAAUUAGACCAAAUUUAUUGCUGAAAGUUUAUAAUAUGAAAAUUGCCAUGAGAACCUUAGUUUGAUAUUAUUCAUUUGUAAAAUUAGCUAAGAAAUGUGAAGCCUUGAAUAUUAUUACUGUGAUGCAAUAGUCUUUGGAUAGUAUGAGUUGAAUUUGAUCACAUACAAAAAUUCUAGUCAUCUUACCUAAGUGUAAUUCUUAUGUUGAUUUUCAAUAAAACUGAUUCUGGGA